AUGGCGGAUGGGUCGCCCGAGGACCGCGCCGGAUCGACUCGAAUUGACGAUUUAACUUUUUCCGCGUCCGAGCCGUCAUGUUGUGACACAAAAAAGUGUAGUGGACCGACCCUGGACGGUGUUAGAUUGAAGUUGUCGUUCUACACCGAACUGGAUUCGUGUGAGAAUUGUGAGACGCGCGGCGUGGUCGCCGAACGUACCGUGACAACUGAUUCCCGAAAAACACCCGCCUCGACCCUCGAAGACGGGGACGAUAGGAAGAAGAGAUGCUUCGACCGAUACGACAGCUCCGAAUCCUCUGACAGCCGUCUUUAUAAACCCAUCAUACUAUGUGGAACAAUAUCGAUCACCGAAACAAUACUAAAAGAAAUAUGCCCCUCCGGCACGCCCUUCACGAUUGCGUCGGAAGCAGUAGAAAUGCAGGAUUAUGCAGCGAUCGAGGGGCUGGAGGGCUGGAGGGCCACCCCAGAGCAACGGAUCGUGUUGCCAGGAUUAAUUGGUGUUUACCCCGCGCCCCGGGGUAACAUCCACGAAUCAUAA